AUGAUGAUGACAUUGUGGGUGGCUAUUGUAGUGGUGGUUGGCAUGAUCAAUGCGGUAAUCGACCUUAUUGAUAUCGAUCUGAACAUUGAUGAGAAGGAGUGUGAGUCCUUCGAUCGUGUCGCGUCGAGGGUCUCCUUCUUCCUCGACCUACCCUCCGACUCCGAGGACGACGACGAUGAUGGCGUCCGCAUUUCCUUCGCUUCCGCCGUUGCCCGUCCUGCGACUUCCUGCGUCACGUUUUCUCCGGCGGAGUUCCUUGCCGAGCACCGUGAGGACGACGAGGGCCAUGACAAGGGAAGAGAAAACGGCGGCUUUGACUAUGACGUUUGGAUGGCCCAGCCCACCUCCAUCGAGGAGCGCCGUCGCUGGCUCCUCGAGGGCAUGGGUUUCGCCAGAAACAAGGACCUCGCCGCCACCCUGCGGAUCCUCAGCAGCAGCAGCCGGAAGGCCAUCGACAUCACUGCCGCCAACGGCGCACACACCCCGGAGUCGCUACCGCCGGCCACGGAUCCGGUGGCGGAUGCGGCGGCCGCCUCCUCCGACCAGUCCACGAGCCAGCCGGUGGUCGCCAGAUGCCUAUACGACGCGGACCUGGCGACGAAACGAGCGCCUCUCCACACCGAGCCCGCCCUCCCUCCGGGACCACGGAGCCCGAGCAAGCUCCGGAAACGCCGGAAUCAGAGAAGCGAAUGACGGGGGCGCCAUCGUGCUCGCCUCCGACGAUGCCUGCCGGAUCAAGAAUCUCGACACGGGGGAGGAACUCGUGGUCAGCGAGUUCGGCAAGGACUGGAAGAUCAACGACCUCCAUACCGGUCUGCAUAUCAUGAUGGAGGAGUUCGCGCGGUUCCUUGGAUUCUCGCCGGUCGUCAAGGAACUCAUGCACCAGGUGACACUGGGCGGCGGCAGCGGCGGAGAUCACCGGAGCAACGACAGGGCCAUCAAGAUUUCAGUAAGUAAAAAGUUGGAACUUUAAAAGAAGAAUUUAUUGUUAGCAAAUACAUUUUCUCCUCUGCUUUAAGUACAAUUGCUAACUUUUUUUUUGGCUAUGAAAUAUGUAUUUGGAAUUCAUCUUGGUAAGGCAUGAAUUAUUAAGCUGGGAAGAAUCAUACGUGAAAGAAGAAUUCCCUUGACUAAAAGAGCUUAGGUAAGUGUUUACUAGGAGUUUAGUUCAUCCCUGGGUUGUUUUAGAUUGUACUGGUAAGGUUAAGAAAGAUGAUCUAUUACCUCCAGAAAGGUUACUCAUUCAAUCAUUGUUUUUGAAAGGUAUUUUGGCAGAUGAAGUAGCUAUAUAGCAACUGUGUUGAGGCUGGAUAGGUGAUGGAGACACCAUGUUUUGGAACUAGACCUGUUAUCUGAUGCCGAAGAAUGAUGAAUUAUGGCCUCCAAGUAAAAUGUGAAUCCAAAUCAUUGGCCUGUAAAAACUAGCCAAAAUGAAGCUGCUACUGUUGGAUUUAUCUGUCUUCUUCGAUUCUGGCAAAAUCAUUAAUCAUGUAAUGCAAACAUACUGAUGAAGGCUUCAUCCAAAUUGUAUCAACUUGAGAGCAGCAUUUGUUAUCCUCAUCAAUGGACAAGACUGUAAGACUAUGAGAUAUGGAAAGUAAGGCAUGCCUCAAGUUGUUUGCACACAAUGAUUAUGUAACAUGUAUCCAGUUCAACCCAAUAGAUGAUAGGCACUUCAUCAGUGGCUCUCUUGAUCCCAAGGUUCGCAUAUGGAGUAGACCAGACCUCCAAGUUGUUGACUGGAGUGAUCUCCAUGAGAUGGUUACUGCUGCAUGAGAUUGUCAGGUGCAAGGACAUGAUAUCUGCAUUUCCACAACUUUGUCAAUGCUUUGUUUUCUUCAUUUCUUUCAUACCAGAUAUGAAAGGUUUUUUUUUUUUACUGGUAAUUGGGUGUGAUCCAUCUUUGAAAGGGUGCUUUAGUUGGCUCACACAAGGGGAGAUUCCGGC